AUAAACACCAGUCCGCAAUCCUAAGAAGCUAUAUACUUGAUAGAUUUCUUUUGUUGAUUUUAGCGGAAAUAUCAUACUAUAUUAAAAUUUGCAGAACUCCAAUUCCAGUGUGAAGUGGAACUGCAGUUAGGUUGCCCCAACGGUGAUGGCGUCGAAAGAUUCAACACCUCCGUAUCCCAGUGCUGCUAGAAUCGCCGAUUCUCAGUGUUUUCCGCAAUACACGGCUUCUCUCAAAUGUUUAGAAAAAUUUAAUUCUGAUAAGAGUAAAUGUCAAGAACAUUUUGAUGUUUACAAGGAGUGCAAGAAAAAAGAGAGGGAAGCACGACUGGAACGAAAUAAAAAUCGGUCCCUCUUCUCAUGAAACCCUGGCCGGGAUUUUACUGAUUGUAACAUAGAAAACAAAAUCAAGACUUCACCAGGAUCACUGGUUCACCUAUUACAGCACUGGGAUUAUGAAACCUUCUGAAGCUGCUACGAGAUGAUGUUCCAAUAAAUGUGUACAAUGGUUUUCUACAAUAUGCCCUUUUUGUCUCAAUUCUUAGUUAGGUUCCUUUUUCUUUCUUUUGACUGCAGUUGUUUCACAGGGCCACUAUUGUUAAAUUAUAGUAAGAAAAUUUAAGUUAAUUAGUGAGCACCAAUGUUAUUAAUGACAACAAGGGAAUAAUGGACUAUGGCAAGUAACAUAUGUGAUCUAUGGAAUUGUGGAUAUUCUUGAGUCUA